AUGCAUAAACAUAACACCGGUCAGAGGAAGGUCUCGCCUCCUGGCCCAUCCUUUAUGUCCAGCGAUCAAGUUUCAACGUACUUGAAGGACUUGCGGGCAAAUCGUCCUGCCCGUCCGACAGGAUCUCGGCCAUACCCAGGUAGAGCAGCGGCAUCAACAAGCGAACUGCCUGAUAGCCUUCCUCCAAGGGCAUCCUCGGCAUUCGCUAUGCACAGUCCGGUCGAAGAUGAAAUUGACGAUCAUCGACGCUCAGGCAGCGCAACGUCCCAUCGCCGGACAAAUUCUCAUGUGUCUAGUGGUGGCGCAAUGAGUCGUCCUUUAGCUCAGGAGCCACGCACGCACUCAAUCCGAAAGAACGUGUUUCCAGCACAGAUCCACGCACGUACCAUUUCCAUCCCGACAUCUUCAGCUCUGCCCUAUCGUGAAAAUGGUCAACGCCGACACGAAAAGGAAGAGGCACGGGCAUUACGAGCUGCCUUGCAGCAAAUGGAUGUCGAGGACGAUAUCGGUCUUCACCAAGCAGCUCAGGAUGAGGCUACAGAGCUAGUUUGGAUGCACCAGAAUCCUGGUCAAGCUUUUAAAAACCCAUAUGCGCCAUACCAAAAUCCUGAUGCCAACAGGCAGAGCCAGAGCCCUGUCCGAGAUAGCUCACGAGAAACUAUCCCGUCGACCAAUAGGUUCAGCCAGUCGACAGGCUCAAGUAUUUCUUCCGAUGGUAAUUCUAGCCCUGAAUCAAGGCGGAAACGAUCAUCUCUAGCUGGACCCUCAAAGAAGAAUCUCAAAGUUAACUUUAAACUACCUGAGGAGGAACCCGAGCAGUCUCUUGCUCCCAAGUCGCGUACUGUCAGCAGUGAUUCAUCUAAAGGAAUUUUCAGGAACCCGAACGACCAAAUAUACGAGGAACCCGUUGAUACUCAGAAGGAACCCGAAGCAAGACCGGAGUUUUCGAAGUCCGACUCGUCAGCUUUGAAGAACAAACCACGCAACGCUCUGGGACGUGUUCCUAGGCCACUCCCUUGGUUGCAGAAUAGAGCCAACACUAGCCCAGUGAUGGAUAAAAUCUCGCGGUUUGAAACCAACAAGAACUCUCCCACCCAGUCGCAUAAUGUCGGCUACACUCGAAAUGCAAGCGCUACUCCUCCCCCCACCCAAUCACACAAUGCCGGUUACACUAGGAACGAGCCUACUACUCCGACUCCUCCCCCCGAUGAAAAGGGUGAACUUGUCACCACCCCGGAUGGAAGAGAGAGACGCAGUGAUGAUAUCCGCGCAGCUACCAGCAAAAGACGAGGAGACCGCAGUGAGAAGUUACCAAUGCCUUCAGCCGUCAGUGACCGAGUUGGACGCCCAAUUGUAAGCUUCGACCAAAGCUGGAAACCAAGUGAUCAGCCGAAGCCUGAUCGUCCAACUCUACCGAUCAUUGAAGUGGCGGCACCAACCAUUGAACCACCUCCAAUCCCCGUCAUCAAUGUCCCAGACAUCAAAGUACCCACUAUCUCUGAGAUAGAGGCCCCUUCCAAGACACCGGCUAGACCGGUACCUCAGUCGACGAAAAGCUGCCCAACUAAGCAGGCUUUCCCCAGACAGCAAGGAUCUGACUCGCAGAGCCGUUGGUAUUCGCCCUAUACACGAUCUGGUGUCCCAACUGCAAGCUGUGAGCUAUGCACUCUUCCCAUUUCCGGGAAAAUUGUAACCGCUGGCGGAUGUCGAUUCCACCCGGAGUGCUUUACCUGUUUCCACUGCCACACAGCUCUCGAAUGUGUGGCUUUCUAUCAAGAACCGGAGUCUAGCAGGGCCGAGAGACUAGCAACCGAGGCUGAUGAGCAUGAUCAUGAAGCCCGCGUGCCACGGUUCUACUGCCACCUUGAUUUCCACGAGAUGUUCAGCCCCCGUUGCAAGAGCUGCAAGACCCCUAUUGAAGGAGAGGUGGUAGUGGCAUGUGGUGCCGAAUGGCAUGUCGGUCAUUUCUUCUGCGCAGAGUGCGGUGAUCCCUUCGAUUCCCAAACUCCCUUUGUCGAGAAAGAUGGCUUCGCAUGGUGCCUCCACUGCCACUCACGCCGUACCGCACCACGUUGUCUGGGUUGCAAGCAGCAUGUCAUGGACGAGGUUGUAAUCAGUGCAAUUGGCGGCCAGUGGCACGAAAAUUGCUUCAAUUGCCAUGAGUGUGGCGAUGGUUUUGGUCCGGAGGGGCGGUUUUUUGUUCGUGAAGGCGAGCCUAAGCGAACAGCUAAGGGCCGCGUGAUCGGUGGUCCGGUUCAACUGGCAAUCUGUGAGAGAUGUGAAGGAAUCCGUCUUAAGGCGCCUGGGAUGUGCUAG